CUUAAUUUGUAACUUUUUUUGUGUUUUUCGCAGGUCUCAGGCAGUUGUUAAACCGUCGGAUUUGCACACUUGUCUAGAAUCAUGGGUAUGCCACGUAAAAAGCCAAAGAGCCCGCCUAUUAUGAGCCAUGAGUUUGUCAUUCAAAAUCAUGCUGAUAUAUUGGCUUGCAUUGCUAUCGUUGUUGUUCUUGGCCUCGUUUCUGAGUUGACAGCAAAAGUGAGUCGAGUGUUUGUGUUUCUUCAACAUGGUUUGGUCAAGAAUGAAGAUGGCGUCCUUGAACCUGCAGUGGGGAAAGACUCCUUUCCUGUUGAAUUUGAGCGAGGUGCACUGGAUAUAUUUACUGUAAUUUUCCAAGCGAUGAUGUUGGCAGUUGUACACGCUGUUAUCCAAGAAUAUGUGAUUGAUAAAAUAUCAAAGAAACUUCAUUUGUCAAAAACAAAGAACAGUCGAUUUAGUGAAUCUGGCCAAUUGCUUAUUUGGUGUCUUGUUUCUGUUGGUUGGUCAAUUCAUUUACUUAUCAAGAAUGGAAUGCUCCGAGACAUAUCCAUGUUAUGGGAAGAUUAUCCACAUAAAGUUAUUCACUGGGAGACCAAGCUAUACCUUCUUGUUCAGAUGGCAUACUGGGUACAUAUGUAUCCUGAGCUUUACUUUCAGAAGGCAAGAAAGGAUGAGAUUCCAAACAGAAUUCAAUAUUAUACCCUGCACCUUGUCUUUAUUGCUGGAGCAUAUUUCUUACAUUUCUGGAGGAUUGGAAUGGUCAUUGGUUUGUUGCACUUUAUUGCUGAAGCUGUCUUCCAUGGCUCAAGGCUUCUUUACUUUGCUGAGAAAAAUGAAUGGGCUGAACUUGGAUUCUCCAUUUGGCGUGUUGUCUUCCCAAUCGCUCGAGUUUUGAUUCUUGCUAUUGCUUUCCUUACUUUCUACUGGGGACUUGGUCGUGCUGAAGUUCAAGGAGUUGAUUUCGCAACCGGGAGUUUUAACUCUUUUUUUGUGAGAAUGAUUUGUUUGGGAAGUUUGUUUUUCUUGCAACUGUGGUUGAUGUGGCCGUACAACCAACUUAUUUUGAGGAGAAGAAGAGAGGAGAGAGAGCUUAAGAAGAAGGCAGCUGCUCUUACCACAGCUAAGCCUAAGCCUGCGGGCAAAAAGCGUAAAAAAAAAAGACAGUGAAGAAUCAAGCAAUGGUGUUGGUGGAAAGGGGAAAGUGAAGAAAAACUAACAAUCUAAGAACCCCCUUUAACUCACUAAAAAGCUUUUUACUUCAAUUGUGUUUUUCCAUGUUGCGGACGAUAAUAUUUGGUGGGUGAUAUCUUAGAUGGUGGAUUUUACCGGCAAUUUCCAAUGUUGCAUCCUGUUAUAAACUUCUUAUAUUAAAAUUUUCAACACUUUGUUUGAAAAGCAUUUUUAGGUAUGAGUCUUGAGUAAAAUCCUUGCAAAUUGUCCUGCAACAAAUAGUUCUGUUGGUUUGGAAUGUUAUUCUGUUUCACCACGUUGCAAUAUGCGUUUUACCGUCCAAUUUGGCCUACGUAAUCAAAUGAACAGCAAGUGCCUGCAUACCAUAUGGCUGAUACCACUUCUCACACUAACAUAGGAUUUCCUGCUUCAGUUUAAUUUCCUUGAUUUGACAAGGAUUAUAACUGUCUAUUGAUUCCACAAGGAAGACUGGGAAAUUAUUUACAAUUUCAGAACCCAAUUUUUCAUAUUUUGUAUUUUUUCAGUUCAAUCAGUUUUGCAAAACAAUCAAAAUUUACUGCACAUGAUUUUUGCUCUAUUGUUUUAUAUGAAAUCUUGCUGUAUUUGUAUGUUUCGCCUGUUCACGUUAAUUAGUUUGCUUUUCAAAGCUAUCGGCUGACCCCAGUCUGUUUGCUUUUAGGCACUUUUGCCAAAUCUUAGAUUGAAUUGCAUGCUGGUUUUGACUAUGUAAAUAUGUUACAGGAAGCCCUGCCCACUAUCAUGUAAAUUUAAUUCCUUUUCCGGAAGUUGACUAGGUUACUGUCAAUCGUUACUUGCGUUUUUGGCAUCGGUCCAUUUGUUCUUGUUUGACUGUAGAUUUUUGUGUUGAGAUGGAGUUAUGAUUGAAUAAAGCAGGUGGAAGGAAUGCUUUUAA